UCGGGGACACUUUUCAGCACCUUGGAGAAUUCCUUCCAUCAUCCUCAGAGCUGAUGGGAAUUGUGUUGAUCAGAGUGCUGUCUGGUGAGCGUGUCAUGGACUGUGUAGUGACCUUCAUUUGAAGGAAGAGAUUUCACCUGCUUCUGGCCAUGGGAGAUAAGAUUCCAACCUUCACAGGUAGACGGAUAUCAAAACCAACAGACGACGCUGGUCUUCAUAACGGCAGAAGGGUGACAAGCGACGACUUAUCAUCACCUCUUGCUUGAAAUCGCUCAAUAUGACUUCAGCUGGACAUGAGAGCAGACACUUAAAGUGAUUCUCAGUUCAGUCACAUGCACUAGUUAUGGAUGUUAGCUGUGACUGCGCUGACAUGUGGCCUAUUAGAUGUGAGAUUUGGUACGUGUGCCCAGGAGAUGUAAAGUCUCCUGCUUCUGAUAUUCUGAGUAAUCCGCUGUGGAAGCAGGAUUUAAUUGCAGCUCCUCUACAAGCAGACUUGGCUGUAACACUGUGUUGUGCAGAUCCAUUACUUCCGUCAGGGCAGCUGGAGAAGCAGAUAGCGGCAAGCAGAGGGACGGAAUGAGGUUAUGUCGGGCUUAAUGUGCUGCAAGGCGUGGCAGACAGCACGGCCAGCUCAGGUGGAAGCGCCAGCUUGAUUUAUCGUGGACCACACAACUCAGCGGAGAAGAUUAAAUUGAACUCUACUUCUUUCCCCCCCAUUCCCAUCCUUUAUAUCCCCUCAUUCUCUCCCUCCUCCCCCUUCUCCCUUCAUGACUUUCUUCUGCAAAGCACUGUGUCAUUCAGUAGUCCCUCUCUCAUCUACCUCCUGAAAUUGUUAUGUUGCCAUCUAAGUGCUAUUUACAUCCCCCCUGCAGAUCUGAGGGAGUCUCAGGAAGGACUCUUCUGUCCUGUAGGAAACAGAAACUGAACAGAGACUGACAAAACAAUACACUGCUGCAGCCUGCAGCAGUGCAACGCUCACGCAGCUCUCCUCACAGACAGCGAUGGAGGUGCAACGAGAGCAAAGGCUGAAGAGGGAAACAUAGAGUACAAGCUGAAGCUGGUGAACCCCACACAGUACCGCUUUGAGCACCUGGCCACGCAAAUGAAAUGGAGACUGCAGGAGGGUCGAGGUGAAGCUGUCUAUCAAAUAGGUGUUGAAGAUAAUGGCAUGUUGGUGGGACUAUCAGAGGAGGACAUGAGGACGUCACUAAAAACCCUCCAUAGGCUGGCAGAAAAAGUUGGAGCUGACAUCACCGUUCUCAGAGAGCGGGAGGUGGACUAUGACUCCGAUGUGCCUCGUAAGAUUGCUGAGGUUCUCAUUCGCAAGGUGCCAGAUGACCAGCAGUUCCUAGAUCUGCGGGUAGCUGUACUGGGUAAUGUGGAUUCAGGAAAAUCCACUCUGUUGGGUGUUUUGACACAAGGUGAGCUAGACAAUGGACGGGGAAGAGCAAGGCUCAACCUCUUCAGACAUUUACAUGAGAUCCAGACUGGACGCACUUCAAGCAUAAGCUUUGAGAUCCUUGGCUUCAACAGUAAAGGAGAGGUCGUGAAUUACAGCGAGUCUCGGACAGCUGAAGAGAUUUGUGAGAGUGCCUCUAAAAUGAUCACAUUCAUUGAUCUGGCGGGUCACCACAAGUACCUGAAGACCACCAUCUUUGGCCUCACCAGCUACUGUCCGGAUUUUGCAAUGCUGGUUGUCAGUGCAAACACUGGCAUUGCUGGUACAACACGGGAGCAUCUUGGCCUCGCCAUGGCACUGAAGGUCCCCAUCUUCAUUGUUAUUAGUAAGGUGGACUUGUGUACACGGGCCACGGUGGAGCGUACAGUGCGGCAGCUGGAGCGAGUCUUGAAGCAGCCGGGCUGCAACAAGGUGCCUAUGGUUGUCAGCAGCACAGAUGACGCCGUCACAGCAGCACAGCAGUUUGCCCAGUCACCCAACAUAACACCCAUCUUCACCUUAUCCAGUGUGUCUGGAGAGAGCCUUGACCUGCUUAAGGUCUUCUUCAACAUCAUUCCUCCCCUUAGCAACAGCAAAGAGCAGGAGGAGCUGAUGCAACAACUAACUGAGUUCCAGGUGGAUGAGAUCUACACAGUACCAGAGGUGGGGACAGUAGUGGGAGGUACUCUGUACAGUGGUAUUUGCCGUGAGGGGGAUCCUCUUGUGGUAGGGCCCACUGACUCGGGCCAGUUCCACAAGUUGACCAUUGGCAGCAUCCAAAGGAAUCGCUCGGCAUGUAGGGUACUCAGGGCUGGCCAGGCUGCGACACUUGCACUGGGCAACUUUGACCGCUCGCUACUACGCAAGGGCAUGGUAAUGGUGAGUCCAGAGAUGGAUCCGACCAUUUGCUGGAUGUUUGAGGCUGAAAUUGUGCUGCUUUUCCAUGCCAAGACCUUCCACAAGGGCUUCCAGGUCACUGUGCACAUUGGCAAUGUGAGACAGACUGCAACUGUGGAAGCAGUGUAUGGCAAGGAGGAGCUGAGAACAGGGGAGAAAGCAGUGGUUCUCUUCAAGUUCAUCAAGCACCCAGAAUAUCUGAAGGUGGGAGCGAAGGUGCUCUUCAGACAGGGGGUGACCAAAGGUAUCGGUCAUGUCACCAAGCUGCAGCCCAUCGGCCAGUACCGGCCAUCCCAAAGGGAGGAUGAGGAAGCUUAAUGUCGCUUGGACAAUCACGGCAGAAAACACCGUCCCACCCCAAACAAGGUGCUCUACAAACCACCUCCUGCUUUCUCCAAAGGCCACUCUGCCCUUUUCCUGGCACAGUAAACCCCUUUUACAGGGUUUUGUUGUUGUUGUUUUUUUCACCCUUUUCCAAAGCCUUGUUACCAUCUUACUUGUUUAUCGUUUUCAGCCUUUUUAAAUGACUGCUGAUGUUUUAACGUGCUUUUUGGUGUUGAGAUUUAAAAGGGUGUUGCUUUUCAUGGCACUGAUAAGAGGUUACCUCUCAACCAUCACUUAGCAACAUCUACCAAAGUGAUAUAGAGUGAGAGAGAACAUGUUGCAAUGCACAGAUCAAUAGAUGGAUACUAGAAAAUUGCAUUCUAACAUCUACAGUGAAGUGCUGCUUACAAAGUUUACACCAAAAUGCACUCCUAACACUCGAUUCAACCAACAUGCUCACACACACUUUGCACUGAAACAUAAAAGCCAGUGUUGAUAUACCUGUGGCAGAUAACUGAUUACAAACUCAACAACUGUAAGUAUGAGAUGCUUUGACAUGAAGGUUGUACUCUGUAUCACCAGUGUGAUACCCCACAGCAGCUUGUCUGUGUUACCAGCAUAGUGCCUGACUGAUAAUUACAAACCUCUGAUCUCAUAUAAUUGAAUUCCCUUAAAUCAUAUCAUUUUCAUAGUAACUGCUGCUGAAUUAUGUGAGAUAAAAACAAUGAGAUUCAGUAAUGGGUUUCACAUGACUUGUCAGUCACACAGAAGCUAAACCAUCUCUCUUUAAGCCAUGUUACUGACAACGGCACUUUACGAAGGUGAAGGAGAGCGUUGUGAGGUAGGACUUGACCCAGUUUGUAUGUACGUCUGCCAAAAUAACUCACAUUGGCGGUCACCUUUUAUCUGUCACGUCUGUCUGUGAGAAUUAUUUUUUAUUCACAAAUAAUGCCUCACAAUAGUGCGGUGAGACCGUAACAAUCUUGCUGCCUAUGUUUCAAGUGCUUUAGUUACUCAGGUCAGUGUACAGUAGAUAUUGUAUUAGCAUUCCACUUUCACAGAACUACUCCAAGUGGGUUUCUGUUGCAGAGGGGAGGGGUAGUAGGGAGAUGUGAGGAAAAACAGACAAAAGUUGUGUCUCCCAAAGAGAUUAGUUUGAUUAUGCAUUAGUAAUGAAAAGUCUACUCUUACAGCUUUGUUUAAAAGCAAUUAUAUUUGAGGUACUUGAUGUCGUCUCUUCACCUUCAGUUACUGAUGUCACUAACUUUGAAGGGGUUUAUCACAGUGCCUAAUGGAACUACAGUUUGAGUAGCCUUCUAUUACAGCCCAAAGUUUUUACAACUACUUAAGGUGGUGCUACUACUAGAAACAGCUUUUGGUAUUUAGUAGACAACUUUGAAAAAGAAUGUUAAAUACUACUCUGUUCUGUUGUUGGCCUCACCAUCUGUCUUAUUAUUGCAUGUUAUAGUAAUUUAUACACACAUUAUUGUCCGACUGGCAUCAGUGGACAACUGAACUCUGUGCUGGUUUCUUGCUCCUUUGUUGUUAAUGCACAGUUUGUGUGCAGUCAAAGACAGAUAAACUAAGAAUGCAUUUCAACCAAAAUAUUUUAUAGCAUUUAUAAAGAGUUCAGGUGUUGAAGCUUGUUUUAAUGCAUCUCUGAAGUAUUUUAUAGAUUUGUAGUAGUUCCAGAUUUUACAGUUCAUUCAAACACAUUUUUCACAGUUGCAGUGUUCUCAAUAACACCGGCACAUCUUCACGUUUCGGAAAAAUCACAUUUAAGGCCUGUUUUCAUUUGAAUUGAAAGCAUAAUAUUUUGAUCAUUGUUUGGGUGAAAUGCAAUAUUUAUGUACAGAUCCAAUUUGUGUAUCAUGAUGUACAUGAAUACAACUUUUAUUGCCUCUUUAAUUGGUGUUUUAUUGUGUCAUUUUCAAAGUUGCUCAUCAUCAACCCUGAGGUUGCCUUCUGGCGUUCACAUCACAGCAUGAUGAGUCACUAAACAAAAUUGAAUUAUAAAAGGCUUUAUUUCCUGA